GUUGUUGCACUGCUGCUCUUUUUCUGCCUCCUCUGUUAAAUAAAGCUUAAAAACUCAAUACCACUCCUGUUUUUCAUGCACAUAGAACUAUUUUUAAUUUGACAUAAGGUUAUGCUUGUAGCCUUUGGUUAUUCAUCUUUAAAGCUGACUGAGCACAUAUGAUUUGGCACAGAGAACUUCCUGCUUUCCCAUUUUACACUUACAAUAAGCUACAGUAUUUUUGGGCUGUCUGCUAUUAUUGAGUUUCAGGGAAUAUAUAUAUAUAUAUAUAUUUGUCAUGUGAUGUUUGAUUGAUUAGCUGAUUCCUUUACAGGAAACAUAAACGGUAGAAAAGGUAAAAUCAGUUCAUCAACAUCAUGUCAAAAUGUCAUAAAUCUGACUGAUGAUGAUAAAGGGCGUAAAAAAACUGCACAGAAGUCCAGUGUGACAUAUCAGCACAGUGACAUACGGAUGCCCGUGUGGCCACACUAAUUAUUGUCAGCGGCUGGGAGUGAUAUGGACUCGCAGAGAAAUGCAACGUCCUGCCCUUCUACAUCUUGAAUAGUGGGAGUCAUGAACCGCUGCAAGGUGACGCGUCCUCUGAUUUCAACCGAAACUUCACCCUAGACACGCCGUCUUAUUAAUCACCAUCUGAACCUCCGUCAAACUGCACCAGCUCCCGUCUUGUCAAACAUCGGGAUCGGGACCAUCUUGCGCAGUGAUACGGCGAAGGGAGCAAGCGGUGGCGGCGGCCACUCCGGGGAAUGUCGGCUGGCCGUCAGUCCUGACAUCGGCCUCUUGUGAUCUCAGACACCAGGUGAUCUGAGAAGUUUGGGGUGAGUUACAGCGAGCGCUGCUAAGGAAAGGCAGAAAGAUAACAAGGAAGGACCACAGCCUCUUCACUUGCUGACACUGUGGACAGAUUGGCAUGCUGGAGACUAUCAAUCACAAGGUCCAAUGUGUGGUCAGUGAAGUGUCCUUAAGAGCAGCAUGGCAGUGUAUCAGUUGAGCGUCUGGGUGAGAUGAGUGUCAGCUUUAAGCGAUGUGAGCUCCACUGACCAACAGACACAGCUUUUCUCCAACCCAGACCUCCACUUCAAUCACCAGCCAAUCAAAUGCACACAGACAAUAAACUGGCCAAUCAUGGCAAGCAGGUCAGCAGUGACAGCCGAUCCCAGAUCCCCAUUGUAAACCAGCAGGCUCAGCAGCAGCAGGGAGCAGCCGCUCACCUGGGUCCAAAGGGCGUCAGCGCCGGGAGCCAUGGAGUCAAAACCAACCAGAUCUCCCCAGGCAACCCUGGACUGAAGGCCGUCAGCCAAUCAGUGAGCGGCGUCGGAGGGAUGCUGAAAACCAAAUCAAAGCGGGAGCGGAGUGUCUCCAUCGACUCCGGUGAAUCAAGAAAUGCCAUUCCCCCAGCUGUGGAGACAGAUGCCAAAGGAGAGGGUGUUAUGCGCAGUAAGCGGCGCUGUGUUCUGGAGAAGAAACAGCCAUACAGUGGAGAUGAAUGGUGCUCUGGACCUGACACUGAGGAAGAUGAAGACAAGCCACACACUGCGACCCCACGAGAUUGUGGGCUGGCUGGUCCUAUCCAGGGGCUCUCUGAACGUCUGUCUGCAGGGCCGCUGUCUGAACCUGGAGGUGCUGUGAUGGGAUGUAGCGUGGGUCCAGGGCUAAAGGCAGAGCCACCGCAGCCUUCACAGCAAGUGGUGUAUGUUUUCACGACCAGCCUAGCCAACAGUGCUGCAGAGGCGGUAAUAAAAGGACAGGCUGAUUCCAUCCUUCUGUUUCACCAGCAAAAUGUUCCACGCGCCAAGUUGGAGCAGGGCCACCCAUCAGGGAAGCUUCCUAACCUACCUGAAAAGGUAACCUCCAGCAGCUCUCCACUCACAGGUACCCCUAAAUCCCAAAGUGGAACUCCAAGGCCAGCCUCUGCAGGUGUUGUUGGCCCAUUGCAUCCUGCAGGAACGCCAUCAUCAGCAGGACACUCAGAUAAUGAAUCCUCUCAGACCAGACCUGGUGGAGCUUCCAGCAAUAACAGCAUGAUUGCCCAUCGAUCAGAAGGAGGAAAUGCGACCACAUCAACAGGCCCAGCACCAGGACCUGGAGAUGGGGAUGCUGCAGGGGGUAUGACUCUUCCAGUUGCUACUGUUUCCCCAUCUGGGAGCCCUUCGAUCCUGUCUGCGCACCUUCAGAGUGAUGCAGGCCUGAGGACCGGUCCUGGGAACUCUGAUUGUCUUUCCAAAGAACAGCUUGAGCACAGGGAGCGUUCUUUGCAGACACUCAGAGACAUAGAAAGGCUGCUUCUGCGCAGUGGGGCGAGUGGAGGCCCUGGAGACAGUGUAGGUGCCAACAACAAUGGUAGUAAUAACACCUCCAACCUGAAUAACAACAAUAAUGCUGAGAGGAGUGGUAUUCUUGAGGACAAUGAUAACGGUACUAAUAAUUCUGGAAACCUCAAUAGUGGAAAUAUGCUCUCGUCAGCUUUGGCAGCGAUGGGAGGGAUGAAAAAAUAUGAUGAGCCCCUUCAGUCCAUUAUUUCUCAAACACAGUCCCUUGGCGGACCUGCUCUUGACAGCCCUCAAAUGGACUCUCAACACAACCUGCCACCACACCCCCACCACCAGCUGUCUUCACCAGGGGUUGACAUGGGUCCCUUACUUGGACCAGAAGGGAUGACACCAGAGCAGAUGGCCUGGAGGAAACUUCAAGAAGAAUACUACAUGGAGAAGAGGCGACAACAGGAAAUGCAGCCCCCGACACAUCCCCAGCACUUUAGAAUGAUGAGUGAGAUGGGCAUGCAUGGAGGUCCAGUGAUGAUGAGAGGCCCUCCUCCUCCGUACCACAGUAAGCCCGGAGACCACCAGCAGUGGGGUCCUGGUAAUAUGAUGGGAGGGGGAAUGGUUGGAAAUGCACGAUUGAUUGACAUGAACCAAGAAGGACCCCGUGGCCCAAGGUUCCUUGGACAGAUGCAGAGAGGACCCCCCGGUGGAGGUGGAUUUCCUGGUAAUACAGGGGGAGUUUUAUCAAUGGAAGGUCUAGGACCUCAAAGGCCAACCAGACCAGGGAUGAUUUGGAUAGAAGACAUGCCCAAUAACAUAGGGGGUGGAGGUCCAUUUCAUGGCUGCUACCCAGGUGGACCUCCUCAGCACUUGCAAGGUGACCCAGAUCAUUUAUUAUCACGUGAAGAGAUGUGCCGCAUCAUUGAAAAACGGCAGUUACAAGGGCUUCCCAGGUUUGAACUUGAAAGACUAAUCAAACAGCAACAACAGGGAAACCUUGGGUCAAGGGGUAUAGAUAACUCUGGUGGUCCAGAAUUUGCUAAUUUAGGCAUGGGCCGGGGUCCACCCUCCAACCGAGGUGACCCUAUGGACUUUCCUGGCUCACGGGAUGUAAUGGGCUCUCCUGGAGGUGGUCCUCAGAUGAGAGACUUGGUGGAUUCUCCUUUAGGGGGCAACCUGUCAAUGAACAUCAACCAACAGAUGAAUAUUCAGCAACAACAGCAGAUGAUGCUAUCUCAGAAGCUCAGAGGGGGUCCUGCAGGAGGGGGGCCUCUAGGUGAGAUGUUCAGUCCUGGAGAAAUUUCACGAAUCAGGGCUUCCCAGAACGGAAGAGGAGGAAAUAAGGGCAUGAUUCCAGGACCUGAUGGCCCUUUCCAGUUUCCUAAUCAAGGGCCCUUCUCUGGGGGACAGGUGGACGGACCCUACCUUCAACAGCCUGGACCUGAGAUGUUUGGGCCUGACCAGCAAGGUCCCAAUCAUAUGGGAGGAACAUCGCGGCUUAGUCAUAUGCCAAUGACUGGAGGCCUCAGGGGAGCAGACCUUGGUCCUCGGCACCCUCCUGAUUUAUCAGUCAAUGUCAACGCUCUGACCUCCCCUUCAGUGCCUCCUCCUCAUCAGCUUAAGUCUCCAUCCCUCAACCAAGAGCCUUCUCCUCUUUUACCUUCUCCCUCAGCUCCAGGACUGAAGUCACCUUCGCAGAUCUCUGCAGGGCAUCAUCCCCCUCUUCCCCCUGCGUCUGGAGCCGGGACGCCUUCCUCUUCUUCCAUGAAAUCUCCACAGGUAAUGGGGUCUUCCAACCUUGUGAUGCACUCUCCUUCCGCCUCUCCUGGACGACUUAAGUCCCCAGCAAUGGCCAUGGGCUCUCCAGGGUGGGCAUCUCCUAAAACUGCUCUUCCAAGUCCGGGUGGUCCCAUCGGUGGGAAGGUAGUGGGCAAUGGAGGAAGUAGUUCUACUGAAACAGGCCAGUCACUUCCCCCCAGGAGUUCCAACUCUACCCCCAUUAGCCAGCCUGGAUCUAUGAAUCCAAGUAUGCCAUUUACUUCCUCUCCAGAUGCCCCACCAUCUCAGAAUCCUUUAUCCCUCAUUAUGUCUCAAAUGUCCAAGUAUGCCAUGCCCAGUUCUACUCCUCUCUACCAUGAUGCAAUCAAAACAAUUGCCACUUCCGAUGAUGAGAUGAUGCCAGAUCGACCUCUUCUAUCUGGUGUCAGCAUUGGAGGAAACAUGGGAAACCCCCAGACCUCCCAGAUCCUUGUCUCUCAAGGCUCAAUAGGCCCCCACAGUGAUCCGCAAAGCCCUAUGGGUAUUGUAAGCCAUGGUCAGCAACACCUGUCCCAUGAUGCCUCAGGACCUGUGCUCUCAUCCCCAAACCACAUGGGCAUGCCUGCCAUGAACUCUGCCAUGAUGGGAGGCGGUGCUCCUGAUGGAAUGGGACCAUGUAAUGUCUCCCCUAUGUCACAGAACCAGAUGGCAGGAUUUCCCCGUAUCCAGCAACAAUCUCAUGGGCCUAUGCAUUCACCUAUCGGAGGAAUGUCACAGAAUUUCUCUCAGUCUAACGAGGAUAUUCUGCCAUCUCAGCAGUUACACCUUCUCAGCAAAGGCCACCCCCACCAACGCCCCUCUCACCCCUCAGACUCAUUUCCUUCUUUGCCCAUGGGGGAUGGCCCGGAUCUUAGUGAAGUCAUACGACCCACUCAUUCAGGAAUCCCUGAGUUUGAUCUCUCCCGUAUCAUUCCUUCUGAUAAACCCAGUAGCACUCUGCAGUAUUUCCCAAAGAGUGAGCCACUUCAGAAUCCCCAUCAGGGACCCCCAUCUCAGCAGCCUACUCCACAGCAGCUUCUAAAACAGCUGUCAUCUUCUGGACCCCCUCACAGUAGCGGCCCCUCAUCCAACCCCCACCUAGCAAACCUACAGAAUAUGAUGGCUGAACAGCAGCUGGCCCCUCACCCCUCUCUUGGUGGAAUACGCCAAAGCAUGGGCAUUCCUCAAGGGGCUUCAAGGGGUAUGGCCCCUGGCGGGGGCAUGGGCCCCAUGUGCCCCCCUGGACAUAUGAUGGGAAGGACAGGCAUGGGGCCCCAACAGCUCCAACAACAACAAGCCAUGAUGGCAAACAGCCUUCUCCACCAUCCCUCCAAUCCUUACCCUGGCAUGAUGUCGUCGCAGCAGCACCCACACAAUCUGAUGGCACAGCAGAACAUUAUGAUGAUGCAGGCCAAGCAGCGGAGCAUGUCGAUUCCAGGGGAUCCUUUUGGACCCCAGGGACCUCUAAUGUCCCCGCAGGGUCCUAUGAUGGGCCCUUCCCACCCACAGCCUGGUAUGAUGGGCCCUCAGACUCUCAGACAGCGUGGAAUGUCUCUGGACAGUCCCAUCGGCUACGGCCCUGGAGGGAUGGCAAACAUGCCGUUCUGAUCCAGCCUAAAGAGACUGUAAAAAUGUCAAAAAGGUAACCUUCCCAUUGUGUCCAAGUUUUUCAUUAACAUUAUUCCUGCAGUUGUUUGAAAUGAGGAAAACAGUAAUUCAGUGAUACUCCUCAAGUUUUGGAUUAAAAAAAAGUUGAAUAUUUAAAAGCACUGUUAAACAGUUCAAUAAUAAAUCUGAAGCCAUUUUCUAAAAUACUGUACAUGUGUAUAUUUAAAAAUGUGUGUAUUUGUUGUGGGAAGAGAGUGGCAAUCAGGAGAGGAGUGCCUCAAAUUUCUAUUUGUUUUAAUAUCAUUGAUUUAUUUUCUCCAACUACCAAACUGUUGUUCAAAUGAAUUAUAUAUAUAAAUAAUAUAUACUUGCUGUAUAUAAGAUGCGAUUUGUGAUUGUUUGCAGUUGUUCUGUAUAAUUGUGUUUUAAUAGAAGUCUAAAAAUAGAAAAAUACCGAUCUCUAAGGGGGUUUUAUUUUGCUUAUGGUGGUGUCUGUUAUUUUUGAGGUGUAACACUGACAAGGAGACACAGCUGCUUUAUACAUGAUUUUUUUAUUAUUAAUUUCAGUCAGCAUUGCUUAAGUGCAGGCAAAAGUAAGGGUUUAAGCAAAUACAUUUUUGCUUGACAGGGAAAAUAAAAGUUCUUUUAAAUGCAAACAUUGCAGUAAUGGUUACAGAAUUGUCUGAAUAAAGGUGCUUUUCAACCGCAAGACCUUUCCCCAGGAUUUAGGGGCCUUUUGAGGAACUUUGUUCUUUUUCACUGCAGGGACAAGGGUCUUAGUUUAGUUCUGGGGGUAGAAAAUCUACCCUUUUAAAUCACAUUUAUAAAUGUUGCGUACGCACAAAAUGGGGCCUGAAGUUGGAUUGUGCUACUUCUUAAAUAAAGUAUGUGAUCUAUAAAAAACAGACCUGAGUAAAAUGUGCGCACCUGUAAUCUCUACGAUGAGAUGGUGAAUUGAAGCCAGAUUGACUCACAACAAACAAUUAACUCACUAAAUACAAAACUUAAUUCCACUAUCCACAUCAUCAUAAGCAGACUGUUUAAUUUUAUGCAUGACUAGUGAGCCAUGUUGUACUUCCAGAUAUGAAAAUAUAUACAAAUAUACGUAUAUAAUAUAAACUUUAAAGGAGCUCAGAAUUGUCGAUCAUACACACGUGGA